UGACUUCAGAGUUUAACUUGCAGUAAAAGCGAUAUUUAAGGUGAAAAUAGUGAUAUAUAUACUCGAAAACUCAAAGCGACAAAAUGGCACUUGUUCCAGUAGUAUUAGACGAUUUAUUCGAUAUCAUGCCUCGCAGGAAUUGGCUGUUGGAUCCUCAGGAAAUGUUGCAACCUUUCAGAAAGGUUUUAGGAGAAUUGGAACCCUUGGAACAGGAUACAUCUAUCACCAUAGAUAAGGACAAGUUUCUGACGAGCAUCGACGUUCAACAGUUCAAACCAGAUGAACUUAGUGUGCGAUUGGAGAACAACGACACAGUCGUAGUCGAAGGCAAACACGAAGAGAAAGCUGACGAGCAUGGCUUCAUUUCCAGGCAUUUUGUAAGGAAGUAUGUACUACCCGAGGGUUGCGACAUCGAGAAUGUACAGUCCAAAUUAUCCAGUGAUGGAGUACUGACUAUUACUGCUCCGAAAAAACCAGAGGGUAAGCAAAUUAAAAGUAAACAUAUUCCGAUUUCGCUAACAGGACCAAUUAAGAAAAUUCAGAAGCAAAUUAAGGAAAGAAAACCGAAAGAGAAAAAUAUUCCAAUUAAAAAGGCGUAGAGAAAAAAAACAGGAAGUGACGUAUUAUCCAUAAUUAUGCAGUUUGUGUAUUAUGCAUUUUCCAAAGCUUAUAAAAUAUAAAUAUGUAUGUUAGAAUAA